AUGGAUGCAUGGGUCCUCAUAAUGGUACUCGUCCUCAUGACGCUUGUGAUAGCAGGGCUAGUAACCUACUUUGGCUACCAUCAGUACAAGCGACAGUUUUUCCCGAGCUAUGACGAGGAACGUACGCAACGUGCUAAAGAUAACGAACAAAACCAAGGCGGUAGUUCUGAACUUCGGGAUAUUGGGCGUCCAACAAAUGUGCAUCCCAAAAAUCGGUCACAUGGGCAUUUUCACGGUGUGCCAGCGAACAUGACGCCAGUGGCAGAUCCAGUAGCACCUCGUGUAGAUAUCGAACACCAGAUUGGAGAAGACCUCCUCGCCCCGUCGGAGCGAGUGUUCAAGACAGCCGAGGUGGCAGACGAGAAUAGCCAUGGACGACAUAACACUGUCGAGCAUUCCCAAGAUCAGUGGAUGCACGGUGCAAUUGGAGCAGGCACGGUGCGAAAUGUCAACGCAGUGAACCCAGCAAAUGUUGAGUAUGCUCCUGAAGAACCAAUCGCGUCAGAUAUCUGGAACAAGAUUAACAAUCGAGAAGUACGGGUUCCUCGGCUGCAAUGCGCGGGCAAAGAAACUACUGAGCCCAGGACUCUGGAGAUUGAGAGCAUGAGCAGAGAGCGAUGGAAGAAGGAAGAAGGAAAGUAA